GCUGCGGCUGGAGCCGAGCGCGCUGCUUCGCCCGCCACCGCCGGUGCAGCGUGGGGAGCGCUGGGCGCAGCUCUCGGCUCCUCCGAGGAGGGUCGCGCCCCUCGCCCGGCCUUUUGGUGCCUGGGGGCAGGUCGGCCCCGCCCGGCGCUCACCCGCAGCGCCAGCGCCCGCGGGAGCUGAGGCCGCCGAGGCGGCCGUGCCCAUGACCGGGUGUGUGUGGGUGGACACAGCCCCACCCCCUACUGCUUUUGCACCAGCUGGGGUGCUGGAACCUCAGUAGCCUGCUCCUAGCUGAGACCAUACCUGCUAUCGAGCCAGGUGGUCAGGAUGGGCGAAAUGGCCAACAGCUCCAUCGAGUUCCACCCCAAGGCCCAGCAGCCGGGCGGCUUUGGCUGUACUCUGACUGAGCUACGCUCCAUCAUGGAGCUUCGUGGGGCCGAGGCACUGCAGAAGAUUCAGGAAGCCUAUGGUGAUGUGGGCGGCCUCUGCCGACGCCUGAAGACCUCACCCACUGAUGGCCUGACUGACAACGCAACUGACUUGGAGAAGCGCAGGCAGAUCUAUGGGCAGAACUUCAUCCCCCCCAAGAAGCCCAAGACCUUCCUGCAGCUGGUGUGGGAAGCCCUACAGGAUGUGACACUCAUUAUUCUGGAGGUGGCAGCCAUUGUGUCCCUGGGUCUGUCUUUCUAUGCGCCACCUGGGGAGGAGAGCGAAGUGUGUGGAAAUGUGUCAGCUGGUGCCGAGGAUGAGGGUGAGGCAGAAGCUGGCUGGAUUGAGGGUGCGGCCAUCCUGCUCAGCGUCAUCUGCGUGGUGCUGGUCACGGCCUUCAAUGACUGGAGCAAGGAGAAGCAGUUCCGUGGCCUCCAGAGCCGCAUUGAGCAGGAGCAGAAGUUCACGGUCAUCCGCAACGGGCAGCUCCUCCAGAUUCCCGUGGCUGCCCUGGUGGUGGGGGACAUCGCACAGGUCAAAUAUGGGGACCUGCUGCCCGCCGACGGUGUGCUCAUUCAGGGCAAUGACCUCAAGAUUGACGAGAGUUCGCUGACUGGUGAAUCUGACCAUGUGCGCAAGGCAGUCAACAAGGACCCCAUGCUGCUGUCAGGCACUCAUGUCAUGGAAGGCUCUGGAAGAAUGGUGGUGACUGCUGUGGGUGUGAACUCCCAGACUGGAAUCAUCUUCACCUUGCUCGGGGCCGGGGGAGAUGAGGAGGAGAAGAAAGAGAAGAAAGGUAAGCAGCAGGAUGGGGUCGUGGACAGUAGCCAGAGCAAAGCUAAGAAGCAAACAGGUGCAGCGGCCAUGGAGAUGCAGCCACUAAAGAGUGCCGAGGGUGGAGAGCUGGAGGAGCGGGAGAAGAAGAAGCCAAGUGUGCCCAGGAAAGAGAAGUCUGUGCUGCAGGGCAAGCUCACCAAGCUGGCUGUGCAGAUCGGCAAGGCAGGGCUGGUGAUGUCGGCCAUCACUGUCAUCAUCCUGGUCCUGUACUUCGUCAUCGAGACCUUUGUCAUCGAGGGCCGGGCAUGGCUGGGCGAGUGCACUCCUGUGUACGUUCAGUACUUUGUGAAGUUCUUCAUCAUCGGGGUCACCGUGCUGGUGGUGGCAGUGCCUGAGGGCCUGCCUCUGGCUGUCACCAUCUCCUUAGCUUAUUCUGUCAAGAAAAUGAUGAAGGACAAUAACCUGGUGCGGCACCUGGAUGCCUGUGAGACCAUGGGCAAUGCCACGGCCAUCUGCUCCGACAAGACAGGCACCCUCACCACCAACCGCAUGACCGUGGUGCAGGCCUACCUCGGGGACACUCACUACAAAGAAGUUCCGGCUCCCAAUGCCCUGACCCCCAAGAUCCUCGAGUUGCUGGUCCAUGCUAUCUCCAUCAACAGUGCCUACACCACGAAAAUCCUACCUCCCGAGAAGGAAGGUGGCCUCCCUCGCCACGUAGGCAACAAGACAGAGUGUGCCCUGCUGGGAUUCAUCCUGGACCUGCAACGGGACUUCCAGCCGGUAAGGGAGCAGAUGCCUGAAGAACAGCUGUUCAAGGUCUACACCUUCAACUCAGUGCGCAAGUCCAUGAGUACCGUCAUCCGCACUCCCCACGGCGGUUUCCGCCUCUUCAGCAAGGGUGCCUCGGAGAUCCUGCUGAAAAAGUGCACCAACAUCUUGAACAGCAACGGUGAGCUGCGUGGUUUCCGGCCACGGGACCGGGAAGAAAUGGUGAAGAAGAUCAUUGAGCCUAUGGCAUGUGAUGGACUGCGCACUAUAUGCAUUGCCUACCGGGACUUUACAGCAGCCCAGGAGCCCGACUGGGACAACGAGAAUGAGGUGGUCGGCGAGCUCACCUGCAUUGCUGUGGUGGGCAUCGAGGACCCUGUGAGGCCUGAGGUCCCAGAAGCGAUCCGCAAAUGCCAACGUGCGGGCAUCACAGUCCGCAUGGUCACUGGGGACAACAUCAAUACUGCCCGGGCCAUUGCAGCCAAGUGCGGCAUCAUCCACCCUGGGGAGGAUUUCCUGUGUCUGGAGGGGAAGGAGUUCAACCGGCGGAUCCGCAAUGAGAAGGGAGAGAUCGAGCAGGAGCGACUGGAUAAGGUGUGGCCCAAGCUGAGGGUCCUUGCCCGAUCCUCGCCCACGGACAAGCACACUCUUGUCAAAGGUAUCAUCGACAGCACCAGUGGUGACCAGCGACAGGUGGUGGCCGUGACUGGGGAUGGCACCAAUGAUGGGCCUGCUCUCAAGAAAGCAGAUGUGGGCUUUGCCAUGGGCAUUGCGGGCACAGACGUGGCCAAGGAGGCCUCAGACAUCAUCCUCACGGAUGACAACUUCAGCAGCAUUGUCAAGGCAGUGAUGUGGGGACGCAACGUCUAUGACAGCAUCUCCAAGUUCCUGCAGUUCCAACUCACGGUCAAUGUAGUGGCCGUGAUUGUGGCCUUCACGGGUGCCUGCAUCACACAGGACUCGCCCCUCAAAGCAGUGCAGAUGCUUUGGGUGAACCUCAUCAUGGACACGUUUGCCUCCCUGGCCCUGGCCACCGAGCCACCCACUGAGGCGCUGCUGCUGCGGAGGCCAUAUGGCCGGGACAAGCCGCUCAUCUCCCGCACCAUGAUGAAGAACAUCUUGGGUCAUGCCGUGUACCAGCUCACCAUUAUCUUCACGCUGCUCUUCGUGGGGGAGGUCUUCUUCGACAUCGACAGUGGGAGAAAUGCGCCACUGCACUCGCCGCCAUCUGAGCAUUACACUAUCAUCUUCAACACCUUCGUGCUCAUGCAGCUCUUCAACGAGAUCAAUGCACGCAAGAUCCAUGGCGAGCGCAACGUCUUUCGGGGCAUCUUCAGCAACCCCAUCUUCUGCUCCAUUGUGUUGGGCACCUUCGCUAUCCAGAUCAUCAUCGUGCAGUUUGGUGGGAAGCCUUUCAGCUGCUCCCCCCUGUCCACGGAACAGUGGCUCUGGUGCCUGUUCGUUGGUAUUGGGGAGCUGCUCUGGGGCCAGGUCAUUGCCACCAUACCCAGUAGCCAGCUCAAGUGCCUAAAGGAAGCUGGACGUGGGCCGGGGAAGGACGAUCUGACAGAUGAGGAGCUGGCUGAGGGUGAGGAAGAGAUUGACCACGCAGAGCGUGAACUACGCCGAGGCCAGAUCCUCUGGUUCCGGGGCCUCAACCGUAUCCAGACCCAGAUGGAGGUAGUGAGUACCUUCAAGAGAAGCGGUUCCUUUCAGGGCGCUAUGCGCCGCCGGUCCUCGGUCCUCAGCCAGCUCCAUGACGUAACCAAUCUUUCUAGCCCUCCUCACCUAAUUCUCUCUAUUCGGGUGGUGAAAGCGUUCCGUAGCUCCCUGUAUGAAGGCCUGGAAAAACCUGAGUCCAAGACGGCCAUCCACAGCUUUAUGGCGCCCCCUGAGUUCCUGAUCAACGACUACACCCACAACAUCCCACUCAUUGAUGACACAGACGUGGACGAGAACGAAGAGCGCCUGAGGGCCCCCCCACCCUCUUCCUCCAACCAGAACAACAAUGCCAUCUACAGCAGCCUCCACCUGGUCCCACGUGCCAGCCAGCCAGCUACCUCGCCAGGGUUCCCUGCCCAAGCCCGGAGCCCGCUGCACAGUGUGGAAACCUCCCUCUGAGCAGCUCGGCGGGGGCACGUACACCCCUACACAUGUACUCUGCCAAGGGCGGCCCGAGAGGCAGUGGCCUUGCUCUGAGGUCCCGGUGUGAAGCCUGUUGAGGCUUCUUUAGGGGCCCAGGAGGAGGGAGGAGAUUGUGAGGAGAGCUGCCCCCCCUUUUUCUAUGGAAGUUUUACACGAACAUCUCGGGCUGCAUGGUGAGGCAAGGCCACCUGGGGUGCUUCUCAGCCUCACAGUGCCCACUACAAGGGUAGUCACCCAAAGAGUAAGUGGCCAGGGGGUGCCCAGCACCCCAGCAUCCCGGGUUCACGUGUGUGGCUGGCACCAAGGCAGCUGCGGGGCUGACUCACCGCAUGAUCUUUCCCUCCCAUUUCUCAGGCAUCUGCGGCUUCGUGGCCCGCCCAAGGACCUAGACGGCCAGAGUAUCUUUGAGGCUCAAACCUUGGCUUGGGGGGCCCCUACUGCUCCCCCCUCACUCCCCCCUGCUCCACUGCAGAGCCCCUGGGAAAGUGGCCAGUAACAGGCCUCAGACCCAACCAGGCCCAGAGCAGCACUUUGAAAGAGCUUUGAAAGUGUCCCCUGGAUAAGGCGGGUUGUGGUGCCCCUUUUCUUCUUUCAAGGAAAAGAGUAUUGCUGCACCCUGAGGGCAGGCACGGGGACACUCCGCUUACAGCUGCCUUUGUGUCCCUUCUGAAGCCCAACCCAGGCUUCCACUGCUGGGUGGCCUUGUCCCUACUAAGUUCCAGUGCAGGAAUCUUGGCGGCGGCCCCCACAGAGAAAGUGCCAACCACCACCAAGACAGGGGGAAGUGGGGUCCGCCCAAAUCCAGAGGAACUGAUGGGCCUGCCUUGUGGACCCUAGCCCUUUGGCACCUCCCACGGGGCCCCCACUUUUUCCUUUGGGGGGUGUCUGGGAAAUGUGCAAAGUCCCUCCCUAUGGCUGUGUCCCCAAAUCCCUGGAGCUCUGUCCUGUGUGUCUGGGAGCCUUCCUGGCCACGUAAGGCCCCAGUUCCCCUGAAGGACACAAGAGACAGGUUGCCUGGCAUCGGGGCUUGUUGCAGAUGCCUAGAGGGACAGGCCACCUGCAGGCCAGCUGCCAUACCAACUUCUCUCUCCCCUUCUAAGCGCAGAAGGCAUGUUUUUCAGGGAGGCCACUAUGGUCCCCUCAUGGCUGGGACCAGUGCCUAUCAUUGGGGCCCAGGCCUCAGCCAUACAUGUGCAUGGGCUCAGGACUGUACCAGGAGCUAGUGUCCAGGCCAUGUGGCCUGUCCAUUGAACAACACUGUCAGAUCGUGUCCCAAAAUCUUGGUAGAGAAAGCACCCCCACCUCCCACUCUUAAAUGCUGCAGAGGACUCCAAACAUCCUCUUUCCCAAAGGCACAUGGAGAAUGUUACCAUUUGUAAAUUGUUCCCCCCAUAUCCCCAUGUCACUGGGUGGACGGGGCGUGUCCCACACCAUGUGGCUUGCUCGAGCUGCCCCAGGGACGAGCGUGGGGCCCCUGGCCAGCUUCUCCUCGCUCACUCCCAGCUGCCACACUCUGCGCCACUUGCCAAUGCGCCGCCUGCUGACUGCAAGUGUCCACUGUCUUGUCCCAGGUGGCUUUUCUGUGGGGGGGUAGAGGCCAGGAAAGGGGCACUGCCAUCUCAGAUGACUCCGGCCUGGGCCGUUCCCUCUCUCUAAAGCAUUAUAUUAUCCAGAAUGGCUUGGGCAACUGUGUUCAGUUAUUAAAUCUGUUUGACAUUUU